AUGUCAUCACUCCAAUCCCGAGGAAUAAACAAUUCCCUGGACGCCCACUUCCUCCACAAACACAAACGCCUGUACGACUUCGCCCAGUCUCAUAAAGGCGAGGAGUACCCCUCAACCAAGCAUCUUCGUGCUGAGCUCCUUCAACUCUUCAAGGUUCGGGGACACCACCCAGCAGAGGGGCUAAUGUUCUCAUUCCCCCUUUCCCCCGCCUACGCCCCCUGCACAACCCCGUUAGAGCACCUCACCAAGAUCAUGGUCGAUAACUUGAAGCUCGAAACCCACCACCGCGGGCAGUACAUUCUUCUACGGACAUUGACACCAACCGACUUCCUCGUCGCUGUGGGAGCUGUCGCGGAAGCCGAGGCGGGGAAUGUGAUCAUGCUGCAGCUGCAUAACCAGGAGACCGAAGUCUUCGCUCGGGGGGGUUUUCCUGAAGGGACGGUGCUGGUUGUGGUUGAACCGUAUCUGCAUGUUCCUGGUGUUAGCCCUUGUGCGAUCCGCGUGGAUCAUCCUUCUGACCUGCGCGUUCUGUCGGAUUGGGACAUCAUCGUGCCUGUGCAGUGGCGCCGACAGUUGUUCGGGUCCGAGCUGGGUGCCAUGCAGUGGAAGGCGAAAGGGAAUGAUGCAUUCAAUGCCGGGGAAUAUCGUCGUGCGAUCGAUUGCUACACUCAAGCUCUGUCCUCCUCACCCACCCCGGACGAGGCCACGAGGCGCUCCCCGCCGCUGUUGGACCGCGCCACCUACGUCGGCCCUGUCGCCGUGCGCCCGGCACAGUCGUCUGGGCUGGGACUCUUCACGAUCACGGCCGUCAAAGCCGGUGAUCUGCUGGUUUGUGAGAAGGCGCUGGCCUACGCCCAGGUGAAUCUGCAUGACUUCAGCAAGAGUCUGAUAACGCGGGUCGACCCGGAACGCGAGAGGAUCAGCCCCGCAAAUGAUAUCGAGCUGUUGAGACUGAUGACGCAGAAGCUUCUCAAGACCCCGUCGCUGAUACCAGGAAUCAUCACGCUGCACCAUGGAGAAUACGAGAGUGUUGACGUGCGCGAAGUGGACAACACACCGGUGGUGGAUAGCUUCCUUCUCGACAGAAUCAUCGCCGCCAACGCCUUCUUCAACGACCGAUCCAGUCGCCGCGAGGAGCACCGUCAGACCUGGGGCUCCGAUGGGCGCGUCGCCGCCAAAAAGGCCGACGUCGUUUCCUGUGGCGUGUGGCCUCUAAUCUCCCGGAUCAACCACUCCUGCCACAGCACCGCGGACAUCGGGUGCUGCUUCGACCGGGAUCUUGAUAGCACGCCGGCCCUGAACUUCCGCCAAUGGGGCUUCCGGUGCACCUGCAUCCUGUGCAACGACCACGAGGCGACCCCCGCGGACAACCUGCACAGACGGCGUCAACUCCUGCGGGAGCUGGGAGUCGUGCUGGCGAUGCUAAAGGAUGGAGUCUCGGAUUCCACGAAGCUCGAAGAGCAUGUUAUCAACAAAAUCGCUAGCACUUACGUCCGACCCGCGGCGGAAAAUACCCCGCGCAGGGCGAUUGAGUAUGCAGUCAAGGGGUUUGAGGCGCUGGGCUAUGUUGUAGAAGGCGCGCUGCCUCCGUAUCCUUCGGGAGGUGGCGGGGGUGGAAGACGCCUGCGGGUGAAGAAAUGGGGAGUUGUGGCGGAGGGGCUGGUCGGGUGCUGGAUGACGUUUGCGCAUUCAUAUCGCAAGGUGGCGCCGGCUCUGGCCCCGCAGGCUCAGGAGUUUGCCAAGGUCACGUAUCGGAUUGUCGUCGGGGAGGAUGAGACUUUUGGGGAGCCGUUUGCGUGGCGGGCUGAUUUGCCGGAUGGGUUUCUUUCUCCGGAGCGGUGA